GUCUUCAUCAAAAUAAUCUCAACUUUACCAUGUCAUCAACGGCGGAGAGACGACAGCAAAUUGAAGCCAAAAGAGCCAAGCUUGCUGAAUUACGGAAAGCUAGAGCGGACCGACAAAUAUCAGACUCCAAUCGUAGAUCUGCAGAGACAAGUGCAGGGUCUUUCACGCCUAGGAAUAAUGAUGUCGACGACCUCCUCAGCUCUAUUCUCCGAGAAAGCAGAGGUCCAGGCGCAAGAAAUGGGGAAUUCGACAGUGGCGAACUGACACCCUCCUCUUCGAUGCCUGGUACGCCGUUAAUGGGUACUUCGCUUCUCCCAAGUUCGCUAUCGGGAAGAGCAAGCCGGAAUAGUGAUUUUGCUUCGAGUAUUGGGACGACUUUGGCUCCGUCCACAAAUUCUGCAACGGACAAUGUUAUAGACAGAGAGAUGGUCCCCCGCUUCCUUCCCGAUCUGAUAGACGUCGAACAGGAAUUAUUCGAACUCCCGACUAAAAAGGAACGAGUCAUCUAUAACAAGGAAGUUCAGACUAUGGAAGUAGAAACUGAGACACCAGAUCUUGAAACGGAGACUUUACAACGAGGUGUAUCAGAGAUUGACUUGGAAGCAUUACAGGCUGCUCGAGAUCGCGAAUUGGAGGAGGAGAGUGUUCAGCUAGACAAGGAAAUCGAGGAGGAAAUUCGAGAAAUACCCCCGGAAGAGUUGGCAAGUAUUUUAGCAGCUCCAGAGCUCUUAGAAUUCGUCGAUUCGACGACGAAAAUGUUCUAUAGAGCUAUACAUGACUACGACCCGACCCGAGACUACAGAGUAGGAACUGAAACAGGAAGCGAUGAAUCUGAGGGACGCGUCAAACGAGUAUGCGAGUUUUUUGACGAGCAGUACACCAAAAAUCGAUCUAUAACGGACGUGGAUUGGUCUCCUCAGUACCCAGAACUUAGUGUUGCGUCGUACAACAAGAACGCUGCUGCGCUGAAUGAACCCGAUGGUAUCGUUGCUGUAUGGAAUCUGCACCUCCUCGAACGACCAGAAUUUGUUUUCCAUUCUCAAUCCGAUGUCCUUUCGGUGACAUUCUCCCCGUUCCACUCCAAUCUGGUCUUUGGCGGUACCUACUCUGGUCAAAUUCUGUUAUGGGAUAAUCGUUCGAAGCAUCUCCCCGUGUUAAAAACUCCCCUGUCGGCUUCUGGGCAUACACAUCCUGUCUAUUCUAUGCAGAUGGUUGGAACACAAAAUGCUCACAACCUUAUUACCAGCAGUACAGACGGUACCGUGUGUAGUUGGUUAGUGGACAUGCUUGCUCAGCCCCAGGAAACCCAAGAACUGAUACAUGCCGGUCACAACAAAACCGGAGAGGUCGCGAUCACUGCAAUGGACUUUCCUGAUAACGAAACAACAGCAUUUUGGGUUGGUACAGAGGAGGGCAACGUCUACCAAGCAAACAGAUACGACCGGGCAGGGGCUAAAGCCGGUUUGAACCAAUACGAUGUGUACAAGGCUCAUGCCGGCCCAGUAAUGGGCCUUCAUUUCCACCCAACCAGUGGAUCCGUUGACUUUUCCGACCUAUUCUUAACGAGCUCAGUGGAUUGGACAGUAAAACUCUGGCGUGCAAAGUCCCUUGCGAAGCCGUCAACUACCCUUCAUGCGAUCUCCCCAUUGUAUUCGUUUGACGAGUCGGAUGAUCCGGUCUAUGACGUGAAAUGGCAUCCAACACAUCCAGCGGUAUUUGGUGCAGUAGAUGGGUCAGGCAAAUUUGACUUGUGGAAUCUGAAUAUGGAUACUGAAGUUCCUGUGGUGCAAACGACUGUUGGUUCAGGACGUGCACUCAACAAACUGCAGUGGGAUAAAAAGGACGGAAGACGUGCUGCCCUCGGUGGGAGUGACGGGAGGCUGUAUAUCUAUGACAUUGGUGAUAUGGCAUUACCAAGGGAGUUGGAAUGGACCGACCUGCAGAAAACAGUGUCAGGAAUGGUUGGUGGUGCUCAAACAAAUGGGCUUGUCGACGGUGAUGUUCGAAGCAUAGCUGGUCGCUGAUUAGUGUUUUAUAUG